AUGACGGAUGGCUCGAACAAUGCCAAAGCCCGUGAGAUCUUGCACAUCGCCGAGGAUUAUAGUCUGAACUACCAGCGGACUGGGGCCUGGGAUGGUUUCGACACGUUUCUUCCCGUGGUCCAGGGCCAAGUGGAGCGUAAAGAAUCCAUCAAGAUGCUUCUACCUGGAUUUCCGUUCAAGUCUCCAAACAACAAGACAAAGGUCCUAGGUGUAUUGCCUGAUUUAGGGGAAGAGCUGGCGCUGAAACGUCUCGAUGGUAUCGCCUCUGCCAUUGAAGCCGUAUAUGAGCAUGGCGCAGAGGUCCACAUCACUUCCGAUGGUCUCGUGUACAACGAUCUCCUCGGUGUAAGCGACGAAACGGUCUGGGACUUUGGGCAAGCAGUUCGCGGAAUGGCCGACGCCAACAACCUCACUCACCUGACCUUCCUGCGCCUUUGGGACCUACUCGGAAAUACUGGCGACUUUCAGUCCGAAUCUUACUAUCUUGAGCACGCAUCCUCGAUCCGUCAAGAACUCAAGCAGCGCUUCGGCGAUCCGCAAUUCGAAGCUGACAUGGCCAACAAAUCGACCUCAGAUAUGCACAUGACGCAUACAAAGUAUCUCGAAUUCCUAGAGCAGGAUCUACGCUUCAAUGAGAAGCAUUGUGUAUUGAGCGAGGAAGAUAAGGAAGCGAACAUGGCGAAUACCGCGAAGGAAAUGAUGGGGCGAUGGAAAGCGUUUUCAGCAGCUUUGGCGGCGGUUCCGACAGAGUAUGUGAGGCUUUCGAUACAUGAUUCAGGCGGCAAGGACAAAUUGAGCUUGUCUCUCAUUCCGCAGCGGGAGACAGGCACGUUGGGCGCCACGCCGUGGCAUAGCACGCUGGUAGUUGAGAAUGAUGGAACAUUUACACAGGCGCACAUGCAUCAGGUCGAUCAGGAGAAGUAUGAGCUUGUAGAGAGAUAUGGCAGGCUAUAUUUCUGGCGCCAGAAGGGGGCACCGGCAGAAGUGAAGACUUCCAUGGGCGUGCUGGAACUAUACUAG